AUGUUCCAGCUGCUGCGCUGCGUGCCCCGCGUUCUGGGUACUGCCGUCGCUGGUCUCCGCGCCGCCGCGCCCUCCCUGCCGCUGCUGCAGCCCGCGUCCCGGCCAUGCGCCCGACCCUUCGGGCUGCUCAGCGUGCGCGCGGGAUCGGUGCAGCUGCCCGGCCUUCUGAAGCCUCGGGGGCCCUGCGCUUGCGGCUGCGGCUGUAGCGGACUGCACACCGAAGGAGACAAAGCUUUCGUUGACUUCCUCAGCGAUGAGAUCAAGGAGGAAAAGAAAAUACAGAAAUAUAAGUCUCUCCCCAAAAUGUCAGGAGGUUGGGAACUGGAAGUGAAUGGGACGGAAGCCAAAUUAGUGAGGAAAGUUGCUGGAGAAAAGAUCACUGUUACUUUCAACAUUAACAAUAGCAUCCCACCCGCUUUUGGUGGUGAGGAGGAGGAACCCUCCCAAGGGCAGAAGGCUGAGGAGCAGGAGCCUGAACUGACAUCCACUCCCAAUUUCGUGGUCGAAGUUACAAAGGAUGGCAGCAGCAAGGCCCUUGUGCUGGACUGUCACUAUCCAGAAGAUGAGAUUGGACAAGAGGAUGACCAGAGUGACAUUUUCUCCAUCAAGGAAGUGAGUUUUCAGGCCACCGGCGAGUCUGACUGGAAGGACACAAAUUACACACUCAACACAGAUUCCCUGGAUUGGGGCUUAUACGACCACCUAAUGGAUUUCCUUGCAGACCGAGGGGUGGACAACACUUUUGCCGAUGAAUUGGUGGAGCUCAGCACAGCCCUAGAGCACCAGGAGUAUAUUUCUUUCCUCGAAGACCUCAAAGGUUUUGUCAAAAGCCAGUAG